UGUCAUUUCCUGCUUGACAACAGCAUUCAUUUUCGAUAUUUAACAGGAAAGAUCUUGUACUUAUUUUUGAAAAAAAUAAAUAUGUUACUAGAGAAAGCAUUGUGGGUUUUAGUAUUCAAUGUUGUGUCACUAACCAGUGAAGUUUAUGGUUUAGAUUGGCCAUGGAACUGGACAAAAGAAGAUGUCACAUGUUAUACCACGUGUUUGGCAGCAGUUGGUACAGGUACAGUUAUUGCAACCCCUUUGGCACUAUCAGCAGCCGGAUUUAGCGCUACUGGUGUUGUUGCUGGUUCUUUAGCUGCUAAACUUAUGUCCACAAUAGGAUAUGUGCAGGACGGAGGCUGGUUUCCUUAUUUACAAGGGGCUGGCGUUUACGAUGUUGGAACAACUGGUAAAAUAAUAUUAGCCUCGACUGUUUCACCAUUGUGUGCAGCUAUGUGUGGAAGUUCAGAGGAAAGCCAAGAUUUAAUAUGUUACUCUCAUAGAAUUGAUGGAAUGAAGGGAUUGGAUGAAUAUCUGAUACGAGAUGAACAAGUUAAGAAUAUUAAACAGUGUGAAGAGCAAUGCAACGAUGAUGCAGCUUGCAGGGCCUUUCGAUAUCUUCCAAGAAAUAGCUCUUGUUUUUUAUACAAGCUACAACAAUAUAUUGAAGACGAUAUCAGCGAGAGCCAAUUUUAUGUAAAACGUUGUAUUCUAUGUUACAUGAAUGCAACGAAAAAUGCUAAAGGACGGGGUGAUGGAAUUCAAACAGUUUGGGAAGCGUCUUCUAUCAAGGACUGUGAAAUUCGAUGUAUUAAAACUGACGACUGUUUUGCUGUUCAUUUCGAUGGACUGAGAUGUUUCAAAUUCAAUCCCAAAACGGAACCAAAGGAAAGUAUAGGCACUGACUUUUCAGCAAGGAUAUGUGUAGAUUUCAGCGAUAUAGCACUUGAAAAUGAUGGUAAUAAAUACAAAAAGGAAGGAAAACGUUGAGUGCUAGUGAUUGGUGACUACUAUCAAGUUUGGAAAAAUGUUAUGAGAAAAAAACUUAAAUAUUAUUUAAUUUAUUUGAUGUUUUGUAUUUCAAUGAAUGUAAGCUGCUUGUCUGGUUUUUUUUAUAUAAUGAACAAGAUGUCUCAUUUGAACUAUUUCGUAGUAUUGAUGUUGAGUUUGAAACUAUGCCAAACAAAGGCUUAAGGAGU